ACACGAUACAGUGGAAAAUGUUUCACAUUUAUGUUUGACGAGUACCUCGUCACAUUGAAUAAAGGCGUAAUUCUUGAGUUGAACAACGUAUUCGAAAAUGAAGAAGGACGAUUCCGAUUGUAUCUACAUGAUCGUGGAAUGGAACUUUUAUUGGUGAACCAAUGGUGGCUCAACACGAAAAAGCGUGUGCACGAAAUUUCUCCCGGAUCGACAGCAGAUAUCGUCUUGCAGAAGCGCGUUAAUAGAGCACUUUCCAAACCAGAUAAAGCCAAUCAAAUUUGUCAGGCUGAUUGGAACUCUCAGGAUUACUAUGAAUGCAUUGAUGAGGUCUUGGAAAACGUCAGAGAACCAUUCCAUUGUCGUUCACCAUUUGACAUUGCUUUAAAUCAAUCUCGCCUGGAGGCUGACAAACCAAUUUGUUCGUCCUUCAACGACACUUUCUCAUUAACUGAACGACAGGAACAAGUUUUUAUGGAUUUGGAGUUUCAAGGGAAAUGUCCAAAAAAUUGCGACGUUGUUUCGUACAAAACUUCAAUGACCAACGUAAAAAUGUUUGGAAGGAACAAAACCGCAACAAUUUACAUCAUUUAUGGCGCACUCAACACGAUAAUGGACGAAGAGAUCCCAGUCUACGAUUCGUUGACAAUCAUUUCAGUAGUUGGGGGAAGCUUGGGUCUAUUCCUGGGAUUUUCUUUCCUGGACAUGGCUUUGUGGCUGAUUGAGAUCUUAAAAAAUGGCGAUUUAGUGGGUUAAAUGCCUUUCUUAUCGAUCGGAGUCUAGUAUAUCUGAAUGUUUGGCCUAAACUUUCAUAGGUUGGUUUUAUUCAAGACGGCCACAAUGAGCACUCAAUUAGCAAAACGGAUAUAUUUCAAAUAAUACCAUUAAAGAGGACGUCCAGCAUGCAUUGGUGAUGAUUGUAUUAUAUUCUUAAUGUUCCCUGCCCGGAUUUUCAAUUGUUUUCGCUAUUUUUCAAAUCAAAAUCUUAGAAUUGCGUUUUGUGGCCUUAUGAUUGAUUCACAAUAAUAUUGAGUUGAGUACGAUGUGACAAUCUUUCAGACAUUUCGGGCAUUUGAAAAUUCCAUUGGAUUUACUAAGCAAGGCAAACAAAUAGGAGUUGGUGUAGCCGAG